AUGAGGUCUCCACUAUCCGUGAGACGUCUCCACACACGACAGCAAGUGACGAUCAACCAGCGAAAGGCCUGGGGAAAGGCAGCCAAAAACCGCCGUGAACGUCAGAAGCAGUGGUGAGGAGCUUUUAUUCGAGUCAUUGGACCUAUGAAGUCAGAAAAGCUGCAAUUUUUCGCAAGAAAAUUGUGAUAGCCUGGUAAAUCUCUGAAAUCGAAUCAGUCGUCUUAUUAUCCGAAAACAACGAAGGCUAACAUAAAACUUCUUUGAAAAUUGUUCAAAAUUUUCGAAUGAAAGAAAUCAAGGAAGUUCUGAGUGAAAAAUGAGACUGCCCUCAUAAAUUGCAACAAUCUGAAGCUUUGAGCUUUUCAUCAUUUUUUAACAGUAGGAAGCAAAUUCUACCAAGAAAACCUCUCAAGAGCACGAAUAUCUCGGAACCAAAUCGAAUCAAUUCAUUUUAGAUAAAGAGUAUUUUUUCAUAUGGAAACAUAAAGAUUUUUUUCAAAGAAACAUUUUACAGGCAGCAAUCGACUGUGCUCAUUGAUCCAAUCGCCCUCUUGCGCGUCCAGGUGUUCGCUUCGCUGUCUCUUGUCGAAGCUAAAUACGAGAGAAAAGAGGUAAAAUUUCAAAUUCCAUAAAUCUUCCUUACAAAACGUUUUUUUCCAGAUUUCUGAAGAAGAAAAAGCGAAACGAGCCGACAAGAAGCGACAGAGAAAGGCCGCCGCCCGAGCUGAUGAUGCCGCCGACCGUCUGGAAAAGGAACGACUUGCCGCUGAGGUGAUAUUUAUCACGGAAUUUCUUCAUACCGCCUCUGAACUGAUACAAAUUUUGUAUAUUCAGCGCGAAGCCCGCCGUGAAGCCGCCGAGGCUGAGAAACGUGCCGCUGAAGACCGCCAGCACCAGGAAUGGAAGAAGCGAGUUGAAAUCGAGGAGCGUGAAUGGGCCGAGAAGGAAGCCAAGCAAAAGGCUGAAGAGAAACAGAAGAAGUCCGAGAAAGUGAACGAGCCAAAGUCGGACAAAGUGAGGAUCUGAUUGAUUUUCCUCCUAAAUAUAUUAUUUUGACAGGGAGCCAAGAAGAACAAAGGCAAUAAGACGAACGAUUCCCACGAAUCCCAAAGCAAGCAAGAACCGAAUCAUGUUUCGAAGGUGAGCCUGAGAUCCACCAAAAAAUACCGUUUAGUUAAAAGUUUAUUUUCUACUUUUUGGAGAUUUCUAGAAAUCGGUUUUAAAAAACGAAAGGAUGAUGAAAAAGGAAAAAAAAAAUUAAUGGAACCAUUUCAGGCCGCCAAGGACGUCAAAGAGCCCGUAGUUGUGAUGACAGUCAAGGCUACCAAGGCUGUGAGUUCUAUUAUAAAAAAGCUUUUUUUAUUUCAAAAAUAGGAAAAAAAUUGAAAGUGAUGAUUCGGCACGUUUGAAUAACGAGAAUUUGGAAUUAAUUUAAAAACAGAAUACAGCUUGGUGACCGCUAACUAAUUGAAAAAUGCGAUAUAUUUUUAACCAUUUUAACAUGGUUCUGAGAUAUCUGCACUCUGGAUUGACUAAAAAAUAUGAGAGGAAUCUCAAACUGAAUACAGAUUAAUAAAUAUUUUUAAUUAUUCUCGAUUUUCACCUGAUGGCUCUAGAAAAGCUUUCUUCUAAUUUAUUGAAGCUUCAACUUUACAUGUAUAUUGUUUCAAUUACUUUCUACGAACAAACGAGAUCAGCACUAUUAGUCAACAAUAACUAGAAUGCAUGAACCUCAUUAAAACGUAACCAUUCAGGAAAAGAAGUCCAAGACGCCCAAAACGAGCGAAAGCCAGCCAGAACAGACUACCGUCGCCGCCGCCCCUGAGCCAGAAGUCGUGAAAUCGGAAAAUGUUCAGAAAACUGAAGCGAAUGACGUUAGUUACCUUCUAUUUGACCCACUGCGAGAAGUGUAUGGGCUGACAUGCCAUUCGACAUUUCCAAGUGUGCACCCACCUUUCACUAUUCUAUCAAAGUGCACGAAAUUUUCUUCUUCACGUUGUCAUGUGGCUCCAUAGCACUAUUGCACUUUAGCUUCACUUUUUCACGUAUUCCACGGAGCCUUUGCUCCGAAAUAUCAGACACGACUCAUAAGGAAAAGUCAAGGUUUUUUUGAAUGAAAAAAAAAAACGAAAAAUGGAGUCGUGUUUGUUUCAGACCCAACUGAGAGUGUUGCCGUGACUUUUUUCGGUUGAAAUUUGAAUAUUCACAUUUAUCUUGCAUGCAUGCACUUAGCAACGGUUCUGUGGAAUCACCGUAGUUGAUGAAACUGCUGGAGAAAAUGUUCAGCAAAUCGGAAAGGAAAAGGGAUCGAAAUCAUAGAAACUUGAACCAACCCAUUAUUUAAGCAAGAGCAGCAGGUUGGAGAAACCUUGGUCACGUCUACCGAUAACGCUCAAGAACCCGAUCAUCACUUGGAAACUGACUCUCAAACCGUCCAAACUCCCACUAAGCUGUCGGAAACCGACGAAAAACAUAGCCAUGAUAUUGAAAAUCAACAUGAAGACUCUGCUCAUGUAAUUAAUGUAGAUAACACUGUGCAUACUGAAAAUAGCGCGACUGACGCAUCGCAAAGCAACUCCGACGUGCACGACACUGUACAAAAGCAAGACAUGACUGAAAUAGAAGCACAUUCGGAUAAACAUGUAUCCGCAUAUGAUUCUCCACCGACGAAACCUGAUGAGAACGGAACUAUCGCUGACAGAAUACUGAACAUGGUCGGUUUGACAACAGCUCACGAAGAAAGCACUAACGACUCUAAAUAUCCCGACGAUGAAAGAGACGACUCCGGGCAUCAUUCAGCCGAAGAGAAAUCUGACGAACCUAUAACCGAACUUGCAUCAACAAUCAGUGCUAAAGUGAUGGACUUUUUCGGACUUGCCCCGUCACAAGAAAAUGAUUCUGCACAGGAAACUGAAGCUCAAUCACAACAGGAAAACGUCGAAGAGAAGCCAGCUGAACAUCGAGCCGAGGAAGUCCAGCACAUCUCCUUGGAAAAUGCUGGGGAUGAACACCUUCACCAAGCUGAGCCUCAACAUGACAACGUCGAAGAGAAGCCGGCUGAACAUCAAGCCGAAGAAGCUCACCACAUCUCCUUGGAAAGCGCUGGAGAUGAGCAUCUCCACCAAACUGAGCCACAACACGAAAACGCCGAUGAGAAGCCGGCUGAACAUCAAGCCGAAGAAGCUCACCACAUCUCCUUGGAACGCGCUGGAGAUGAACACUUUCACCAGGCUGAGCCUCAACAUGACAACGUCGAUGAGAAGCCGGCUGAACAUCAAGCCGAAGAAGCUCACCACAUCUCCUUAGAAAGCGCUGGAGAUGAGCAUCUCCACCAAACUGAGCCACAACACGAAAACGCCGAUGAGAAGCCGGCUGAACAUCAAGCCGAAGAAGUUCACCACAUCUCCUUGGAACGCGCUGGAGAUGAACACCUUCACCAAGCUGAGCCUCAACAUGACAACGUCGAUGAGAAGCCGGCUGAACAUCAAGCCGAGGAAGUCCAGCACAUCUCCUUGGAAAGCGCUGGAGAUGAACACCUUCACCAGGCUGAGCCUCAACAUGACAACGUCGAUGAGAAGCCAUCUGAACAUCAAGCCGAAGAAGCUCACCACAUCUCCUUGGAACGCGCUGGAGGUGAGCAUCUCCAUCAAGCUGAGCCACAACAUGACAACGCCGAUGAGAAGCCGGCUGAACAUCGAGCCGAGGAAGUUCACCACAUCUCUUUGGAAAGCGCUGGAGAUGAACACCUUCACCAGGCUGAGCCUCAACAUGACAACGUCGAAGAGAAGCCGGCUGAACAUCAAGCCGAAGAAGCUCACCACAUCUCCUUGGAACGCGCUGGAGAUGAGCAUCUCCAUCAAGCUGAGCCACAACAUGACAACGCCGAUGAGAAGCCGGCUGAACAUCAAGCCGAAGAAGUUCACCACAUCUCCUUAGAAAGCGCUGGAGAUGAACGUCUUCACCAGGCUGAGCCUCAACAUGACAACGUCGAAGAGAAACCGGCUGAACAUCAAGCCGAAGAAGUUCACCACAUCUCUUUGGAAAGCGCUGGAGAUGAACACCUUCACCAGGCUGAGCCUCAACAUGACAACGUCGAAGAGAAGCCGGCUGAACAUCAAGCCGAAGAAGCUCACCACAUCUCCUUAGAAAGGGCUGGAGAUGAACAUCUUCACCAGGCUGAGCCACAACACGAAAACGCCGAUGAGAAGCCGGCUGAACAUCGAGCCGAGGAAGUUCACCACAUCUCUUUGGAAAGCGCUGGAGAUGAACACCUUCACCAGGCUGAGCCUCAACAUGACAACGUCGAAGAGAAGCCGGCUGAACAUCAAGCCGAAGAAGCUCACCACAUCUCCUUAGAAAGGGCUGGAGAUGAACAUCUUCACCAGGCUGAGCCACAACACGAAAACGCCGAUGAGAAGCCGGCUGAACAUCAAGCCGAGGAAGUCCAGCACAUCUCCUUGGAAAGCGCUGGAGAUGAACACCUUCACCAGGCUGAGCCUCAACAUGACAACGUCGAUGAGAAGCCGGCUGAACAUCAAGCCGAGGAAGUCCAGCACAUCUCCUUGGAAAGCGCUGGAGAUGAACACCUUCACCAGGCUGAGCCUCAACAUGACAACGUCGAUGAGAAGCCAUCUGAACAUCAAGCCGAAGAAGCUCACCACAUCUCCUUGGAACGCGCUGGAGGUGAGCAUCUCCAUCAAGCUGAGCCACAACAUGACAACGCCGAUGAGAAGCCGGCUGAACAUCAAGCCGAAGAAGUUCACCACAUCUCCUUAGAAAGCGCUGGAGAUGAACAUCUUCACCAGGCUGAGCCACAACACGAGAACGCCGAUGAGAAGCCGGCUGAACAUCGAGCCGAGGAAGUUCACCACAUCUCUUUGGAAAGCGCUGGAGAUGAACACCUUCACCAGGCUGAGCCUCAACAUGACAACGUCGAAGAGAAGCCGGCUGAACAUCAAGCCGAAGAAGUCCAGCACAUCUCCUUGGAAAGCGCUGGAGAUGAACACCUUCACCAGGCUGAGCCUCAACAUGACAACGUCGAUGAGAAGCCAUCUGAACAUCAAGCCGAAGAAGCUCACCACAUCUCCUUGGAACGCGCUGGAGAUGAGCAUCUCCAUCAAGCUGAGCCACAACAUGACAACGCCGAUGAGAAGCCGGCUGAACAUCAAGCCGAAGAAGUUCACCACAUCUCCUUAGAAAGCGCUGGAGAUGAACGUCUUCACCAGGCUGAGCCUCAACAUGACAACGUCGAAGAGAAACCGGCUGAACAUCAAGCCGAAGAAGUUCACCACAUCUCUUUGGAAAGCGCUGGAGAUGAACACCUUCACCAGGCUGAGCCUCAACAUGACAACGUCGAAGAGAAGCCGGCUGAACAUCAAGCCGAAGAAGUUCACCACAUCUCUUUGGAAAGCGCUGGAGAUGAACACCUUCACCAGGCUGAGCCUCAACAUGACAACGUCGAAGAGAAGCCGGCUGAACAUCAAGCCGAGGAAGUCCAGCACAUCUCCUUGGAAAGCGCUGGAGAUGAACACCUUCACCAGGCUGAGCCUCAACAUGACAACGUCGAUGAGAAGCCAUCUGAACAUCAAGCCGAAGAAGCUCACCACAUCUCCUUGGAACGCGCUGGAGAUGAGCAUCUCCACCAAGCUGAGCCUCAACAUGACAACGUCGAUGAGAAGCCAUCUGAACAUCAAGCCGAAGAAGCUCACCACAUCUCCUUGGAACGCGCUGGAGGUGAGCAUCUCCAUCAAGCUGAGCCACAACAUGACAACGCCGAUGAGAAGCCGGCUGAACAUCAAGCCGAAGAAGUUCACCACAUCUCCUUAGAAAGCGCUGGAGAUGAACAUCUUCACCAGGCUGAGCCACAACACGAGAACGCCGAUGAGAAGCCGGCUGAACAUCGAGCCGAGGAAGUUCACCACAUCUCUUUGGAAAGCGCUGGAGAUGAACACCUUCACCAGGCUGAGCCUCAACAUGACAACGUCGAAGAGAAGCCGGCUGAACAUCAAGCCGAAGAAGUCCAGCACAUCUCCUUGGAAAGCGCUGGAGAUGAACACCUUCACCAGGCUGAGCCUCAACAUGACAACGUCGAUGAGAAGCCAUCUGAACAUCAAGCCGAAGAAGCUCACCACAUCUCCUUGGAACGCGCUGGAGAUGAGCAUCUCCAUCAAGCUGAGCCACAACAUGACAACGCCGAUGAGAAGCCGGCUGAACAUCAAGCCGAAGAAGUUCACCACAUCUCCUUAGAAAGCGCUGGAGAUGAACGUCUUCACCAGGCUGAGCCUCAACAUGACAACGUCGAAGAGAAACCGGCUGAACAUCAAGCCGAAGAAGUUCACCACAUCUCUUUGGAAAGCGCUGGAGAUGAACACCUUCACCAGGCUGAGCCUCAACAUGACAACGUCGAAGAGAAGCCGGCUGAACAUCAAGCCGAAGAAGCUCACCACAUCUCCUUAGAAAGGGCUGGAGAUGAACAUCUUCACCAGGCUGAGCCACAACACGAAAACGCCGAUGAGAAGCCGGCUGAACAUCGAGCCGAGGAAGUUCACCACAUCUCUUUGGAAAGCGCUGGAGAUGAACACCUUCACCAGGCUGAGCCUCAACAUGACAACGUCGAAGAGAAGCCGGCUGAACAUCAAGCCGAGGAAGUCCAGCACAUCUCCUUGGAAAGCGCUGGAGAUGAACACCUUCACCAGGCUGAGCCUCAACAUGACAACGUCGAUGAGAAGCCAUCUGAACAUCAAGCCGAAGAAGCUCACCACAUCUCCUUGGAACGCGCUGGAGAUGAGCAUCUCCACCAAGCUGAGCCUCAACAUGACAACGUCGAAGAGAAACCGGCUGAACAUCAAGCCGAAGAAGUCCAGCACAUCUCCUUGGAAAGCGCUGGAGAUGAACAUCUUCACCAGGCUGAGCCACAACACGAAAACGCCGAUGAGAAACCGGCUGAACAUCAAGCCGAAGAAGUUCACCACAUCUCUUUGGAAAGCGCUGGAGAUGAGCAUCUCCACCAAGCUGAGCCUCAACAUGACAACGUCGAAGAGAAACCGGCUGAACAUCAAGCCGAAGAAGUUCACCACAUCUCCUUAGAAAGCGCUGGAGAUGAACAUCUUCACCAGGCUGAGCCACAACACGAGAACGCCGAUGAGAAGCCGGCUGAACAUCGAGCCGAGGAAGUUCACCACAUCUCUUUGGAAAGCGCUGGAGAUGAACACCUUCACCAGGCUGAGCCUCAACAUGACAACGUCGAAGAGAAGCCGGCUGAACAUCAAGCCGAAGAAGUCCAGCACAUCUCCUUGGAAAGCGCUGGAGAUGAACACCUUCACCAGGCUGAGCCUCAACAUGACAACGUCGAUGAGAAGCCAUCUGAACAUCAAGCCGAAGAAGCUCACCACAUCUCCUUGGAACGCGCUGGAGAUGAGCAUCUCCAUCAAGCUGAGCCACAACAUGACAACGCCGAUGAGAAGCCGGCUGAACAUCAAGCCGAAGAAGUUCACCACAUCUCCUUAGAAAGCGCUGGAGAUGAACGUCUUCACCAGGCUGAGCCUCAACAUGACAACGUCGAAGAGAAACCGGCUGAACAUCAAGCCGAAGAAGUUCACCACAUCUCUUUGGAAAGCGCUGGAGAUGAACACCUUCACCAGGCUGAGCCUCAACAUGACAACGUCGAAGAGAAGCCGGCUGAACAUCAAGCCGAAGAAGCUCACCACAUCUCCUUAGAAAGGGCUGGAGAUGAACAUCUUCACCAGGCUGAGCCACAACACGAAAACGCCGAUGAGAAGCCGGCUGAACAUCGAGCCGAGGAAGUUCACCACAUCUCUUUGGAAAGCGCUGGAGAUGAACACCUUCACCAGGCUGAGCCUCAACAUGACAACGUCGAAGAGAAGCCGGCUGAACAUCAAGCCGAGGAAGUCCAGCACAUCUCCUUGGAAAGCGCUGGAGAUGAACACCUUCACCAGGCUGAGCCUCAACAUGACAACGUCGAUGAGAAGCCAUCUGAACAUCAAGCCGAAGAAGCUCACCACAUCUCCUUGGAACGCGCUGGAGAUGAGCAUCUCCACCAAGCUGAGCCUCAACAUGACAACGUCGAAGAGAAACCGGCUGAACAUCAAGCCGAAGAAGUCCAGCACAUCUCCUUGGAAAGCGCUGGAGAUGAACAUCUUCACCAGGCUGAGCCACAACACGAAAACGCCGAUGAGAAACCGGCUGAACAUCAAGCCGAAGAAGUUCACCACAUCUCUUUGGAAAGCGCUGGAGAUGAGCAUCUCCACCAAGCUGAGCCUCAACAUGACAACGUCGAAGAGAAACCGGCUGAACAUCAAGCCGAAGAAGUCCAGCACAUCUCCUUGGAAAGCGCUGGAGAUGAACAUCUUCACCAGGCUGAGCCACAACACGAAAACGCCGAUGAGAAGCCGGCUGAACAUCGAGCCGAGGAAGUUCACCACAUCUCUUUGGAAAGCGCUGGAGAUGAGCAUCUCCACCAAGCUGAGCCUCAACAUGACAACGUCGAAGAGAAACCGGCUGAACAUCGAGCCGAGGAAGUCCAGCACAUCUCCUUGGAAAGCGCUGGAGAUGAACAUCUUCACCAGGCUGAGCCACAACACGAAAACGCCGAUGAGAAGCCGGCUGAACAUCAAGCCGAGGAAGUUCACCACAUCUGUUUGGAAAGCGCUGGAGAUGAGCAUCUCCACCAAGCUGAGCCUCAACAUGACAACGUCGAUGAGAAGCCGGCUGAACAUCGAGCCGAGGAAGUCCUGCACAUCUCCUUGGAAAGCGCUGGAGAUGAGCAUCUCCACCAAGCUGAGCCUCAACAUGAUAACGUCGAUAAGAAGCCGGCUGAACAUCGAGCCGAGGAAGUCCAGCACAUCUCCUUGGAAAGCGCUGGAGAUGAGCAUCUCCACCAAGCUGAGCCUCAACAUGACAACGUCGAUGAGAAGCCGGCUGAACAUCAAGCCGAGGAAGUCCAGCACAUCUCCUUGGAAAGCGCUGGAGAUGAACAUCUUCACCAGGCUGAGCCACAACACGAAAACGCCGAUGAGAAGCCGGCUGAACAUCAAGCCGAGGAAGUUCACCACAUCUCUUUGGAAAACGCUGGAGAUGAGCAUCUCCACCAGGCUGAGCCACAACACGAAAACGCCGAUGAGAAGCCGGCUGAACAUCAAGCCGAGGAAGUCCAGCACAUCUCCUUGGAAAGCGCUGGAGAUGAACAUCUUCACCAGGCUGAGCCACAACACGAAAACGCCGAUGAGAAGCCGGCUGAACAUCAAGCCGAGGAAGUUCACCACAUCUCUUCGGAAAGCGCUGGAGAUGAGCAUCUCCACCAGGCUGAGCCACAACACGAAAACGCCGAUGAGAAGCCGGCUGAACAUCAAGCCGAGGAAGUCCAGCACAUCUCCUUGGAAAGCGCUGGAGAUGAACAUCUUCACCAGGCUGAGCCACAACACGAAAACGCCGAUGAGAAGCCGGCUGAACAUCAAGCCGAGGAAGUUCACCACAUCUCUUUGGAAAGCGCUGGAGAUGAGCAUCUCCACCAAGCUGAGCCACAACACGAAAACGCCGAUGAGAAGCCGGCUGAACAUCAAGCCGAGGAAGUCCAGCACAUCUCCUUGGAAAGCGCUGGAGAUGAACACCUUCACCAGGCUGAGACUCAACAUGACAACGUCGAUGAGAAGCCGGCUGAACAUCGAGCCGAGGAAGUUCAGCACAUCUCCUUGGAAAGCGCUGGAGAUGAACACCUUCACCAGGCUGAGCCUCAACAUGACAACGUCGAUGAGAAGCCGGCUGAACAUCGAGCCGAGGAAGUCCAGCACAUCUCCUUGGAAAGCGCUGGAGAUGAGCAUCUCCACCAAGCUGAGCCUCAACAUGACAACGUCGAAGAGAAGCCGGCUGAACAUCAAGCCGAGGAAGUUCACCACAUCUCUUUGGAAAGCGCUGGAGAUGAGCAUCUCCACCAAGCUGAGCCACAACAUGACAACGUCGAUGAGAAGCCCGCUGAACAUCAAGUUGAGGAAGUUCACCACAUCUCUUUGGAAAGCGCUGGAGAUGAACACCUUCACCAGGCUGAGCCUCAACAUGACAACGUCGAAGAGAAACCGGCUGAACAUCAAGCCGAAGAAGUCCAGCACAUCUCCUUGGAAAGCGCUGGAGAUGAGCAUCUCCUUCAAGCUGAGCCUCAACAUGACAACGUCGAAGAGAAACCGGCUGAACAUCAAGCCGAGGAAGUUCACCACAUCUCUUUGGAAAGCGCUGGAGAUGAACACCUUCACCAGGCUGAGCCUCAACAUGACAACGUCGAUGAGAAGCCGGCUGAACAUCGAGCCGAGGAAGUCCAGCACAUCUCCUUGGAAAGCGCUGGAGAUGAGCAUCUCCUUCAAGCUGAGCCUCAACAUGACAACGUCGAAGAGAAACCGGCUGAACAUCAAGCCGAGGAAGUUCACCACAUCUCUUUGGAAAGCGCUGGAGAUGAACACCUUCACCAGGCUGAGCCUCAACAUGACAACGUCGAAGAGAAACCGGCUGAACAUCAAGCCGAAGAAGUCCAGCACAUCUCCUUGGAAAGCGCUGGAGAUGAGCAUCUCCUUCAAGCUGAGCCUCAACAUGACAACGUCGAAGAGAAACCGGCUGAACAUCAAGCCGAAGAAGUCCAGCACAUCUCCUUGGAAAGCGCUGGAGAUGAACACCUCCACCAGGCUGAGCCUCAACAUGACAACGUCGAUGAGAAGUCGGAUGAAUAUCAAGCCGAGGAAGUCCAGCACAUCUCCUUGGAAAGCGCUGGAGAUGAGCAUCUCCACCAAGCUGAGCCACAACACGAAAACGCCGAUGAUAAGCCAGCUGAACAUCAAGCCGAAGAAGUCCAGCACAUCUCCUUGGAAAGCGCUGGAGAUGAACACCUUCACCAGGCUGAGCCACAACACGACAGCGUCGAUGAGAAGCCGAUUGUCAACUAUGCUCAAGAAGAAAUUCAACCCUUCGAGCCGGUUAGUGAGCAAAAAGUAGCCGACGAAGGCCAGUCUUCUGAUAAAGUAAGCUCACCAAUUCCCCUUUCCACAGCCCUUACAGCCGACAAGGAAUCUGCUCAAGCAGCCGAAGAAAGUCAGUCGCCUGUGGAUCAGCCGGAGCUGGAGUCGCUUCAGGCGAAGGUUGGCCAGAUGAAAAAAAAGAUUAUGCAGUGUAUGCUAUCACUCACCCUGUAGCACGUAGUACUAGCUGUUCUGUUUCGUUAACAUGGUUUUCAGCUUCUCUCCUCUGUUUUUAUGAGUUCUCAUUAAAUAUCAUAAUCUCGAGAUUUGCAGACUGGCAAGAAGAAGGACAAGAAGAGCAAGAAGGAGGCUAAAGAUCAGCAAGAAGACGUCAUUGUUAAAGAAGUCGCCGCUCCUGUUGAAUCUGAGAGAAAAUCGGAAGACUUCGAGGUAUCGAAAACUGGAAAUAUCUAAGGUUUAAGCUUCAAUUUGUAGGUCGUUCAAUCGAAGGAUGUUGUCCAAGAAGAAGCUCCAGCUGCAGCUGAGGCUGCUCAAGCUGACGAUCUCGAUUUCCUCGACUUCGUGACUUCCAAAGACAGUCGUCAUGUGCCUGCAACCGAACCGGUCAAUGAGGAAGCCGCUGUCUCUGUAGAUGUUCAGGCUCAGGAGGCCGCUCCGGCUGAAACUCCGGAGCCAGCUGUGAGUAUUUUUUUCUUUCGAAUUUUAACAAAUUUAUACGGGUAAACAAAUAGUUAACGUCUAUUUCCGUGUCUGAAAAUGCAAUUUUAUCUUUUCAUCCCAGCUCUAUGAGUUUCAAAUUUUCAAUCAAUAAUUAUUUAUUGAACUUCACAGUGAACCUUUUUCCUCUCAAUCAAGAAACGCCACCCAAAAAAAGUGUACAAAGGAACUUUUCGAAAUAACAUGGUUCUGCGAAAUUUGAUCCCGAAUGUUGUUUUCUUGACUCUUACCCUAGAAAAACCUCUUAACAUUCAGAACGACCACAAGAAGAAGAACAAGAAGGGCAAGAAACACAGCGAAAGCGAGAACCACGUUGCCGAACCUGUCAAAGUUGAAACUGUUACCGAAACUGAGCAUGCCGACAAGGAUAAGAAGAAGAACAAGAAAAAUAAGAAGCACAGUGAGAGUGAGAAGGCCUCGGUUGACGUUCACCAGGAGCAUGACGUUGAACCCAAGGUUAUAUUGACUUUAUCAGAAAUGAUCAAGUACACCAAAAAAAUCAGUUAUAAUAAACUCCCCAUAAUUCAAUCAAUUUUCUAAAAAGCAAAAAAGAAAAUAGAUUUUUGUUCGAUUCUUGACGUCCUCACUACGAUAUAAAUCAGUUACCCUCAACAAAUCUUUCUUCCAUUUGGCAUUUUAUAUUUGUAUUGUGCUUGACGACAAUCUGAAUAAACCCUUUCAGGUUGAUGCCAAGGUCGAUAACGCUGAUAUUCAUCAAGACCUCGUUGUUGCUCAAGAAGACCUUCCUGCUGCUGAAACCAACGGAGACGAGGACGGAUUUGAGGUCGAGCACAGAAAACAGCGUUAUUUUUCAAAUCGGAUUUCAAAUUCAGUAUUUUUUUUCCAUUUAUUAUUUUUUUAGACCGUCCAUUCGAAAAAAAGAGCCGAAAAAGCUCGCAAGAGCGAAACCGAACAUGCUGUACAGUCUCACGAGGAGAAAACUGCCCCAGCUCCUGAACCUGCGCCAGUUACGGACGACCUCGACUUCUUGGACUUCGUUACAAGCAAAGACUCCCGUCAAGCCCCUGAAAACGAACCAGCUCUUGAUGUCGAACUCACGGACGCCGCUGCUGCAGCCUUGAAGCGAGCUGAAUCAGCUCACAAUGAAGAAGAUGGCGCUCAUGAGGUGAUUUUUCAUUAUUCAUGUCAAAGAAUGAAGCUAAUAUCUCACCAUAUCAAAGUAGUUAUUGAAUGAAUUUUCGCCCCUUCAAAAUUUCAUCACUUCAGAAGCCAAAAUAACCACACUGAUCAUAACGUUGUCUAUUUUGCUACCAAAAAAAUUUAUUUUUCAAAAACUAAAGUAAAAAUUAUUAUCCACGAUCUUGUCCGAAAUUUCAAACCAACACCGCAUGAUUGCAAGCAUUCCUAUUUUAACUUUUUUCCAGGGCUCCAAGAAGAAGAAGAACAAGAAGGGCAAGAAGCACAGUGAAAGUGACAAGCAUGCCACUUCUGAAACUGCUGUUGAACCUGCCGCUGAAGCCGCCGUUGAUGAAGAACACGUGGUAGAAAAGAAGGAAGCCGCUGAAACUGAACAAUCUGAUCGCUCCGGCAAGAAGAACAAGAAGGACAAGAAAAAGAGCGAGAGCGACACGAAGACGCAAGAAGAAACAGCUGAUGUGAAAGCUUCUGGAGAACAGACAUUGACCGAAAAAGUUCUCGACUUCGUUGGCCUUGCUCCGAACAAAGAGGAAGGUUCGGAGGAAUCCAAACCGGCUGAGGAAAGCAAGACUGUCACCGAGAAAGUGCUCGACUUUGUCGAACUCUCUUCUGACAAAACUGACACUGCUGAGGGUGAUGAACCUGCUGAGGAAAGCAAGACUGUCACCGAAAAAGUUCUUGACUUUGUCGGACUCUCUUCUGAAAAAACUGAGAGUACUGAAAGUGAAAAACCUUCUGAAGAGCCUCAAACCGUCACCGAAAAAGUUCUUGACUUUGUUGGCCUUACUACGAAAUCCGAUGACCAAUCUACUGAGGAGCCCACGACCUUGACUGAGAAAGUUCUGGACUUUGUGGGACUUGCACCGAAGACGGAGAACGUUGAGGAACCAGUUGAAGAAAAGAAGGUUGAGGCUGACCACUCUGCUCCAGCUGCCGACAAAAAGAAACACAAGAACAAAAAGAACAAGAAGCACAGUGAGAGCGAGAAACGCAGCUCUGAAGAGCCAGUAGCUCACAUUUCUUUGGAAAGUGCUGGUGAUGAACAUCUCCACAAGGCUGAACCUCAGCACGCCAACGAAACUCCAGAGACGAAAGUUCCAGAAGACGUGCCUCAUAUCUCUCUGGAAAGUGCUGGUGACGAACAUCUUCACAAUGGUUCUGUUGUUGAUCAUGGAAAGAGCGGCAAGAAAAAUAAGCACCAUAAGAAGGAUAAAAAACAUAGCGAAAGCGAGAAAACGACAACGACCGAAAUUGCAGAGACCAAAAAUGUGGAAACUGCUGUUUCUGAUGAGAAGGAAGAGCCUAAUGCUGAGCACACCGAUAAGAAAAAGAAGAACAAAAAGGGAAAGAAGCACAGUGAAAGUGAGAAGGCCGCCACUCCUGAGCCUGCGGCUGCUCUCGACGUUGAAAAGAAGGAUGUUGGGGAGCCUGUCGCGGAGGAGAAACAUGAAGCAUCUCCAGAACACACUACUGAGAGGAAAAAGAGACACCGAAAGAACAAGAAGCACAGCGAAGGCGAGAAGAGCGCUUCACCGGAAAAGACUAUCGUCGCCGAGUCUGAAGAGACAAAGAGCGAAGAAGUUUUUGAAGAAAAGAAGGAAGCUAGCCCUGUUGAUCAUUCUACACCGGCUGGAGACAAGAAAAAGAAGAACAAGAAAAAUAAGAAACACAGCGAAAGUGAGAAGCACGCUUCCCCUGAACCAGUCGUUUCUGCUGUUGGAGGAGUCAAGACUGAAGAAGUUGCCGAAAUCAAGAAAGAGGCCAGUCCCACGGAAAAUGUUCCAGCUGCUGACAAGAAGAAACACAAGAACAAGAAGAACAAAAAGCACAGUGAGAGCGAGAAACGCAGCUCUGAGGAGCCGGUAGCUCACAUUUCUUCGGAAAGUGCUGGUGAUGAACAUCUCCACAAAGCCAAGCCUCAACACGCCAAUGAAGCUUCAGAGACGAAGGUUCCAGAGAACGUUCCUCAUAUCUCUUUGGAAAGCGGCGGAAACCAGCACCAGUCUGAGAGAAUAGUCAUUGAACUCGUCAGGCCUGGAAAGAAAAACAAGCACAUCAAGAAGAGUCGACACAGUGAGAGCGAGGCUGAACACAAGAAGGAUAACAAGCCAAGUGAGACUAAAGCCGUUGUUGAGCAGAAACCUGAGUCUCCUGCUGGCCGUCAGAUCGACGAUUCUCUCGACUUCUUGGACUUCGUGUCUGCUAAGAAAGAAGAACCUGCUCAGGAGGCACCGGAGACUCCCGCUGCGACUCCGGCUGAACCAGCUCAAUCUGGCCGUCAAAUCGAGGACUCUCUGGAUUUCCUUGACUUUGUCUCUGCUAAGAAGGGAGAGUCAGCCCAAGAAACACAAGAAGUUGAAGCUCCAGCCCCGGCUGAGCCAGCUCAGUCUGGUCGUCAAACCGAUGACUCUUUGGACUUCCUCGACUUCGUCUCCGCCAAGAAGGACACCACUGAAGCUUCUGAAGAAAGCAAGCCUGCAGAGGAGCCGUCUCUGACCGAAAAAGUUCUGGAUUUGGUCGGACUUGGAUCCAACAAAUCUGAAGAAAAACCUGCCGAGGAGGGACCUACCUUGACUGAGAAGGUUCUGGAUGCGGUUGGCCUUGGAUCGAAAUCUGAGCCAGUAGAGGAGAAGAAGAGCAGCAAGAAAAACAAGAAGAAUAAGAAGACGAGUGAAAGCGAGGCGCCGAAGCAUGAAGUUGAAGAAUCCGUGGUCAAGACUGAAGUUGCUCCUCUUCAAGCCGCUGAUAACCACUCCGUUGACAAGUCCUCCAAGGUUUAUUUUAAUCAUUUUUCCUCAAGAAUAAUAUCGAUCAAUAGGAAAAAAAGCAUCAAAUAAGCGCAAUAUAUUUGUACGUUUUUUUCAAAAACUGAGACACCAAGAAUGCUUCCCGUGAUUCAGUAUCAAAAUUGUCCAAAUCCCUCAAAAAAUAUUGCAUGUUAUCCAGAAAGCGCAUAUUUCACACGUUCACCACACCACGUAAGCACCCAAAUAACUGGAUUUCAUCCAAAACCGGCAAAUUUACUGCUCAAUAUUUCUGUUAUUUGUAGAACGGAAAGAGAAACAAGAACAAAAAGAGCAGCGGACACUCGGAAUCUCGCGACGAUCACCAUUCUGAAAAGGUACCAUUUUUAUCAAUGAUAAGUGGUUGAUAUUUUGAAAACCCGAUAUCAAAGAAGAGUUUUGGAAGUGAUUGGAGUAUUCAAAAUGAAAGAGAUAAGACUAGAAAGAUAAAGGAAAAAAACGAUUCUACUGUUUUUUGAAAAGGAAGUUGCGCUCCAAAACAAAUACUGAUUGCGUAAAACUUUUUUUGACAUGAGGUCAACGUCAUCUUCAAAUUUGAAUAAUGUUAUUAUCAAUAACACCUGAAAAAGGUUUUUCUCAGUCUUAACUUACAUAAAAUAACCUCUUCUGAUCAAAACUUGCAGACUCAGUGUUAGGAUUUUGUCACGAAUUCCAUGAUGUGAUUUGAAAAAUGUUUAUUUCUGAAUAAAAAAAUGAGCAUUUAUUUGAAGAUCUUUUUACACUGCUCUACGUUUAUAGUAUCAGGACUUUGAAUAGAUUGAUGAGUAUGAUAUUUUGAGUAAAGAUUGUGUUGUUUUCCAAGAUUUUUUAGUGAUAACAAACUUUGCAGCAAACCGUGUUGGAGAACACUUCGGAGCGUAUUGAAGAUGCGCCAGUGAUCAACGGCGACCACAAGAUUGAGAAGAGAGAAGUCGCUGAGCUUGACUAUGUCAGUUCAUCAUCAAUUUCUCACUCACGAUAAAAUUCAGGGAGAGCCGGGCCAGACCAAGAUCAUCGUCGAUAGUAGCGAGGCCCAUGCUGCGGACAAGAAGAGUAAGAAAAACAAGAAGAAUAAGAAUAAGAACUCGAACUCGAACUCUGUCUCUGAAACGACUGAGGUGAUCACGGUGAGCUGAACCAUUUUCAAUCAAAAUAUUAAUAUUCUGAUCGUUCAGGAGCUGCACACGACGAAGGACGAGCUCGAGACCAAGCUGGCUGACGCGGAGGUUGGAGCUCUCACCGGAGCCCCAGGAAGCUCUUCGCCGCCCAUUCAGGUUCAUGAGAUCACCAGCUCUGAGCAGGUGGUCCCUAACGGCCACGGUAAUCUUUUUUUAGAAUGACCUGAAUUUACGGAAUUCACCCUUAGUGAAAACCCAAACGAUCACCGCUUCGGCCGAGUAUCUGGAAAAAGACGUUUCACCGACUCGAUUCGCACAGAACGUCCACAAGCUGGUCAACGCCACUCUCGCCAAGCACGACAUCGUUGAGAUCGAUCCUAAUGUGGUUGGUUCAGGAGGACUAACGGAAAGGCUUCUCAUAACAUCAAAAAAAUAUCUAUUUCGCUAUAGAGUCAAUACUGUGCUUAGGCAUUUCUAUGUGCAUAGAACUUGUGAAAAAAUCUUUUAUUUGAAAAGUUUUUCUAGUGGAAACUUUUUUUGCCAUUAUAGAUUUUUUAACUUUGUGGAGUAAAAAACGUAGAUGUGUGGAUUUGUACAGAAAAUGACGAUCGACGCGCAGCUCAUCAAGUUGUCCGAGCAGAAGCCCGUCGUCGUCGAACACAGGAACUUCAUCCGACCACUGCCUCUGGAACUUCACUACUCCCGUCCAACGGUGUUUUUUUCGUGUUUUUUUAGAAUAAUUGAAUUUAGUUUAAAAAAAUUGAAAAACAAAAAAAUGUCUUUUCGGUUUGAAACAUUAUUGCUUCCAAACUUUUUUUUAAUGCUUUUUUUAAUUUAUUUUACAUCUGCGGAAACUUUUUAGACGGCUACAAUCAAGCCUAAAAACGAGACAGAAGAAAAAAAAUACACUCAAAAUAAUUUACGAUUUUAGCGAAAAUUUGCCUGUUGAGGCUUGCCUUGUAUACUUAACCAUUGAAAAAAAUUAAUUUCUUAGAUUACGUUGGAAUUGGCUGGUGUUUGACAAAAAAACCUUUGAUGUACUGGAACACAAAAAAAUCACACAAAAAAACCCGUAGAUCAAAAGCGUAUUUUUGUCACUGUCAUGAAUAAAGGCUUUGAUUAGGAAUCAAAUUUUGAACAACUGUUUUCAUAGAAAAAAUGUUUUAUUCAAGUUACGGUGAGAAAAAAUGGAUUCCAAGGCAUUGAAAACCUCGUUUUCUUAUUUGAAGCCUGUUUGAACGUAUGAAAAAGAAUGAGCUCAUUUGUAAUUUCAGAGUAGUUUUCUACUAGAGCCAGAAAUUGAAGUGCUUUCCUAUCUUAUAUUCGCGAGAAGUCAAUUUUUUUAAAUUGCUUCUUAUAGACCAUCGUUUCUGAACCUCAAAUUUCCCGAAUUGUAAGUUUUGGUCUUCACGACUAAAUCUGUUCAAAAACUUUGGAUGGGUUACUGAAAGGGCCAAAAUUUUUGAUCAUUUUUGGCCGUAAAAAAAUUUGAAUCCUUUCUUAAGUAGAAAAGUCUGUAGAGUAUGUAAUUUUCAAGUAUCACCAAGCGUUUUUGAACAGAUUUUUCACCGUAGCAAUAAGUUUUGUUUGACGUUUUGUACAUUUUGAAUUUUAACUAAAAUUGUCGUUGUUAUUUAGAAAGUUAUAGUCAUCCUCUUGAUGAUCACGUAAUCUUCCUACUUUUGCACGCACGAGUAUUCCUCUCCCUUCAUUGUAAAUAACAAUUCAGAAACCUCAAAUAAUAAAAAAGCAAAGAAUGACGUUAUCUUUUAACAGAAAUAAAAGUUCACUUCAGACCCCGAUCAACCGUGAACGCCUUUACAAGCUGCUGCCCAAGGACAUUCUGUUCUGCGCCGGAUUCAUUGACUCCUACGGCGACAACUAUGAGGUAUCGAUGACUUAUCUCACUUUACAGUUUCAAGUAAAAAAUCUCAGGCAAUGGUGAGCGACCCGCGAAACAUCUACUCUGACACGGCCCGCUCGCUCCAGAGAAAGAUUCGCAUCUUCAAGGUGAAUAUUCUGAUUUUUCAUCAAUUACAAAAAUACUGCUAGAUUUUUUUUCUAAUAAAGUUUUUUUGUUGAAAAACACACAGGUAGAUUGAGAAAAAAAGUACCGAGUAAAAUUUCAAACGCAAAUUUCAGCAUAGAACUUCUCAGAAACUAAAAAAACCUUGGAUACAUUUUCAAACAAGUUUUGAUUUAUCCAAGAUGGCCUGAAAAGAGUUAAUUUUUUUGGUUAUCAAAUCAAAGAUUGACUAUCGUCAUGAAAUUUAAAUUUUGGUCAGAUCACUUUAUUUUUUUUAAAAAUUUUUUUCUUACGGGGAAACGUUUUUUUAGCCAGAAAAAGUUUCAGAAAAAAACAACAAGCAGGACCUUAAAAAAACGUUCACUAAUUAGAAAGUAGUCGUAGCAACAGAGAUACGCCUGACAUCAUAGAAAUUCCAAAAAUUGCUUGGACCGUAAAAAAUUGAACUUUUCCAGGAGUCGCCGCACUUCAAGACGUACAAGAGCGCGAAGGAACAAGGCAAGCCUCUGGAGCAGGUUCUGGCUGAAGAAGGCGCCUAA